UCUGAUCAGCAAAUCGUGAAUGCCAGUCAGUAGGGCGCACGUAUGGAAACCCGCUGAUGGUGUGACUUUCAUCUUCGCGCCAUUCUCAAGACGACGAUGCGCUCGCUAUUUGGUGGCGCGAUAACCUUUCGUCGACUUUUCGCGUACCGCUCGCUUCGAGCAACGUUUGCUGCUGCUGCUGCUGCUGCUGCUGGAAGACGACCGCCACCUUGCUCUGUCCGCGCCAGGACUCGCCACCUGCGCGUGUUUGGUCGACGGACGCAUACAUGCGCCCGUAGCUCUGAAAUCUCCGCACCCACCCAAAUGCUUGAAAUACAGUGUGUGUGUCUUGGGGUAACGAGCGCUUCACUUCGCUACAUCAAAGGAGGUAAAGUCAAGCCAUCCACAUCAGCGCGCUCACAACAAUCUUUGACCCUCCGCUAGCAGCGUCGCUCACCGCCACGCGCAGCUCUCUCAACGCGCUCUUGGACGUGCUGCAGCUUGUUUCUGCCAUGCGAAACUUCACCAUGGGCACGCUCACGCUGGCGAUGAUGGCCUUUACACGCUCGGCCUUUGCCUUGCCAGCGUCUCGCACUUUCACGGCACGUGGCGUUGCACAUGCGCCGACCUCGGAGAUCACUCAAACUUUGAGAGCCGCCUGGCUGCUCACCAAGCGCGAUCCGCACCCUCUGUCAAGCGUUUUUAAAAAGCUGUCCAAAAAGGGUUCGAAAGCAUUCAGAUCCGGCGAUGAGGGCGCGUCGAACGACCAAGCGGAAGGCGGCAAAAGCGUCGAUGGUCGCGAGUCGAUGAGGAGUCCAUCGUCUUCUCGCUCCACGCCAGCCGACGAGCUGAGGCAAAGCUUCUCCAUCAUGGGUUCUCCGCCAUACACUUUCGAUGCCGAUGGGUCUUGGAACGCCGGAUCUUCUGCGCAUGGUGGUGAGAUUAUGAGCUGGAUCUCUUCCGAAGGACAUAGAGGACCUUUUCAGCACGGCUUGCAUGCUCAGCCAAACGAGGAUAGCAGACUACGAACGCACGAGCUCCUCGUCGAAGUUCCGCGGGGAAUCGACCCGCUCGGCAAUCCGCAUUUCAGGCAACAUCCAGCUUUUCAACGAACGUCCAGUCACGUAUCGAGUCUGGGCGAGAUCUCGAGCGCUUCGGGAUACGUGUCCAGCCACGAGGAGAAUGUGGAGCACGAAAGUAGGAGGGAUGAAGAGAGAUCUGGCAGAAUUCAGCGAGCAAAGCCAGCAAAACAGACGAACUCUGCCAACGGCAAGGCUCCAUCGGGCGCAUCUCCGCUAGGUUCGGUGCGCUCCGAGCCAGUAGGCUCGUACGAACGUCCUUUGGACGUCUCUCCGCUGCUGCUAAGCCCAUCCGCAUCAUCCGCCUACGGAACAGCCGAGCAUCGAGCGGCAUUCUACGCCAAUCGCGCACGUUCCCGCGAAGCGUCUCGAGGAAGCAGUCCGGCCGACUCUUUGCCAUCCAUCCAUCGCUCCUUCGAACAGAGUCGAUCGCCCGACCCAGCAACUGUCCGAUCCGCAUCUCGCGCAUCUGCGCGACACACUGCGAGGCUCAAGGUGCUAGCGGAAGGCAAUGCAGAUCCUCGGUACGGCGUAAAUGCAGGGUUGGGUGAAGCAGGGCUUUACAAGUCGACAUUCCCAGAGUCCUGCCCCAGGAGUGGCAAGAUGCGCCAAAGUCGACUCGAUCCAGAUCCGCUUCCAUCUCGCCCGAGCCAGCGAGACCCAGCAACAUCAGUCCAGCAUUAUGGCGCUUCUUCUCCAAAGAUGCCAAAAGGGGGCCUUUCAAGCAUGGCAUCCUUCCAGGCUGGGGCGCAAAGCUGCGAAGAGAAGAAGCUUCGCGCAGCAGCAGCAGCAGCAGUCACAGCGCGCCGCAAAAUUCCACGUCGGACGGUCAAGCGCUCGAGGAGCUGCAACGCGCACCUUUCCUUCACCGCAGUCAGAGCACACCCUCCAGUCACUCGUCGCAAAGCGGCUCUGCACGCAAUUCUCCAACCCAUCGAUCUCUUGGCAGUGCCAAGCAGCGCCACUCCCACUCCCAGUGCAGCAACGCCCGAACGCGGUCGAAGUCGCUUGGUCAAGAGCAAAAAGACAAGGCAGCACAAAAAGGCGCCCGAGACGACAACGACGACGCUGGCGACGACAUCGCGAACUGGACUAGCGGCUCAUGCGAGGCGCAUCGAAAGAUGGAUCCAGUACCACCCUCCGGACGACGCGCGCGCGCGCCGUCAAGCCCGAGUCCCGCUCACCGCGCUAGUAGUAGCGAGUGACGUGUCGCCCAAAAAGCACCAAAGCUUGGCCGAGCGUCAAAGCGUCGAGCUGACAAAAGAGUAG